AUAUAUAUUUAAGUGCAGAUAAUAAUCGCUCGAAAUUCCUCAUCAUAAUUUAAAGUGGAUUAUCGGGAAAAUUUCAGAGUGCAGAUACUAGAAACUACAGCAAAGGUAAAUUAAUAACUAAAAACUACAUAAUAUUGGAUUUCAUUGAUAUAUAAAAUACCAUCGAGAAGUAAAAGAUAUUGAUAGUUUCUUAAUCUUCUAUAGAAAAUGACUUUGAUUUUAAUUAAGGAACGAAUAGACACUUUGUAGUACUACACGUUGACAAACUUCUGAAAGUGUUUGUGUGUAAGAUUCCAGAAACUCUCUCUCGGUCUCUCUCUCUCGACCUCUGUGGUGUACGUACUGCCGGGAACGUGUCUCGAGUUGUGUUUAUCUGGCGAAAGUCUCGUCAACUUUUGUGUCGGAACCUCGAUACUAUGAACCAGUGUACUGAACCUCGAUAAUAUAAACCAGUGUAAUGAACCAGUGUACUGAACCUCUAUAAUAUAAACCAGAGUAGUGAACCUUUAUGUCAUAGACCAGUGUACUGAACCUCGAUAAUGUGAAAUAGUGUACAAAAUCUCGAUAAUAUGAACUGGUGUAAUAAACCUCGAUAAUACAAACCACCAGUAUAAUGAACCUCGGUAUUACAAACCAGUGUACUUAACCUCGAUAAAACAAACCAGUGCACAACCGAGACAUCACUAAAUUGACCGUGUAGAGUGAACCUUGACCUACAGUAGACCAGCCUGGUGACUCUUAAAACACUUGGUUAGAUUAGGUUUUCCAAGUGGUGAGUUUAAUCGUGAUCAUAUUUAGGAAAAUAAUAUUCUGAAGAGGUUAUUAAUAUUUUCAAGAGGGAAUCAAAAUCAUACUGGGAAUAUAUAUAUAUACAAUAUAAUCUGAUGUAUUUUAUUAAGUGUUGAGUGAGGUGUUGGAAAGGUGUUGGUUCGUCCUGAUACUGAACCGAAGCCUUUAUGAAGUAAGUCGAGAUUGUGAACCUUUUAUGAAGUGAAUUGAGACUAAUAAACCGAUACCUUUUAUGAAGUGAAUCGAGACCGAGGACAGUUUCCACCCGAGUGUGUCUGGAAUCGAGCCAAGUGAGAUCAAGGCGGUGAGGUGAGGCAAGGCGAGACAAAGGACACAAGAAGGUUAUCUGGCACGCCCGAGUAUACAAGACCAAGGACAAGAUGUGGGUGUUCCUCUGGCUCCUACUGACGAUGGUGACCGCGCAGCAACAGCAGGAGAACACG